CACACAACAGACCCAUGCACAUCCUCAUCACACGCAGCAACAGUUAUCUGCUGCUGUGGCGGCUUCAGGUGGUUUGUAUGCCGAUCCCAGGCAAUUACAGCUAACCUCCAGUCCUCUAGAGAAGGCUUUUUACACCACAACAGCGGCGGCAGCUGCCUUGGGAACACCACAGCAACGUUUCUAUACCACAGCUCCGGGUUACAGCCUUGGCAACAAGUCCUCCCACCGGACAUGCUCAUCCCAAUACAAUAUUGAUUACAAAUAAUUUUGCAUCGCAUCAACACCAAGCACCAGUACAAAGUCCAGAGCAACAAAGACUAACAGCUGCCUUGAAUCAAGGCAAUAUUCGAAUUGUUACCUCCUCCUCAGCAGCGGCCGGAAAUCCAAUAGCAUCAAAUUUCCAGCAGCAGCCAGCUCCUCAGCAUGUUUUCAAUUUGAAUAACUCGAAAACUUUACAACACAUUUUCCCACAACAUCUAUUGCAACAGCACCAGCAGCAGCAACAACAACAAAAUUUCCAUCACACCCCAGAAUUGUUGGCACAGCAUCAUUUCACCACAGCCCAACAACAUUUUGCGGCAGCACCAUCUGCUCAAAAUGCCGCGGCAAACACAACUCCCCUUCAUAUGCCUCAAUACUAUGUAGCCAAUGAAUCGCCCAGCAUUGGAAAUUCCAAAAUAUUGGCAAAUAUACCCAGCACCACCACAAACCAAAUGCAAGUCUCAGGUGGAGGUGGUGUUGGUGGCUCUAGUGCCGGGCCAGGAGCACAACUGCCCACAAAUGCGGGAAAUUCCUCAACCGUGGUAUUGGAUCGCAUAAAUAUAUGCAUUAAUAAUUUAUAUACCGAUACCACUUCCUCAUCAUCCAACUCCAAUUCGUUGGCCUCCACUCCGGCCCAGCAACCCUCACCCAUAAUACCAGCCAUACAACACAAGGCCAUAAUAGAAAGUGGUCCACCGCUGCCACCCUCCUCGGUCAGUUCCAGCGAAAUCUAUGAAUCAAAUGCUUUGGUGAUUGAUGAACCAGAUUCGACUACUACGGCGACCACUCCUCACACCCCACCCACAACACCCGAAAAUACUCCCCCCACAGCCUCUUUAAAUUCAGCGAAUAAAUCCCAUGGGAAUAGCAUCAGUACAACGACGAGUAACAUAAGUAGUCCAAGUACUUCAUCAUCGACGUCGGUGUCAGCAUCAAAUCCUGGCAUCCAGAGUUCCCAUAACAUUAGCACAACCAACCCAACAACACCGCCACCACCGCCGCCACCCUUUAUAAAUGGUGAAGAUGUUUUUAUCAAACGCCAAGAUGGCCGUUUCUAUUUGGGAACAGUCAUUGAUGGAGCCCAAAAUCAAUUUCUGAUACGUUUCGAUGAUAAAACCGAACAAUGGUGCAAGGCCGAGGAAAUGCGUAAACUUGGCGGUGCUGGCAAUGAUUCCACGGCACAUUCCAGCAAUCAGGCAAAAGACCAGGCCAUGUGUGUGGCAUGCAAACAACAGCAGCCCGAUUCAAAAGUGGAGAUUUGUGAACGUUGUGGCCGGGGUUAUCAUCGGAAAUGUACCCUGGAAACGUCAAAGAAUAGUGGAGUAUGGUUAUGCAAACGUUGUGACAAGCCCAUGAAGCUGGGCUCACACUCCGACGAUGAAGAGGAGGAAGAGGAGGAGGUCGACGACGACGAUAUGGAAAUUGAACCUUUACAGGUUGAGGAGGCUUGUCUUCAAUUACCAUAUGAUCUCAAUUCCCUUAGCUGGGACAGCAAACAUCGGGUGAAUGAGCAACAAAUCUAUUGUUAUUGUGGCAAAGCGGGAAAAUUCGAUCACAACAUGUUGCAGUGCUGGCAUUGUCUCAACUGGUAUCACAUUGAGUGUUCGCAGAAAUUCAAGGGCAGCCUUCUACGAGGAGAUGUCUUCUUUGUAUUCUGCUGUACGGUGUGCAACAAGGGUGAGGAGUAUUUAAGGCGCCUGCAAAUCGAUUGGGUGGAUCUGUUGCAUUUGAUUAUCUACAAUCUGUCCACCAUGAAGAAACAUCAAAAUCACAAAUAUCAUCAUUUGCUAAAGGACAUUUUCCCCUUUGCCAUGGAGAAACGUAUCAGUUUGCCCAUAGCUAAGGAGUGGAAAUCCAUGCCCGAAAAUGAAUUUCUGGAAAAACUGAAAAACACUCUAAAGGAUAAUACCGAACGUUUUGUGGGUGGCAAGGAAAUUAAAAGGGAUCACUACUUCUUUGCCCUGCGAACAAAUGGACCACCAUUUGUACAACCCAUAGCGUUGGAGAAAGAUCAAAUUAUAAAUGAUGAUUUCAUUCUCAAUGAUUUGAAACUAAAACUUCUACCCGAGGCUCCAGAAAUCAGGAUAACAACGACUGCCCGAGAGAAAAGUUCGCGGAAACGCAAAGCCUUCUCCCUUACCAAAAGCUAUGUGGAAAAACAGCGAUUAAUCGAUUCAUCUUCGGGAAAUUCUAGCAGCAGUUCGCGCUGUACCUCACUGGAUUUGAUAAUACCGCCGCCAAAAAACUUUUUGGGGCAAAAUAAUCCAUUUCGUAUGAUCACGCCCAAGAAGAGUACGGCCGGUAGAAAAUCCGUUAGUUUUGGUCUGGUCAAUGGCUUGGAUUUCAGUUCGAAUUUGGCGGCGCUGAAAACGACGGGAUUGUUUCCUAAACUAAGCUCCAAGGCUGCCGGUCAGCCGAGGACCGUGAGAACCAUUAAACGAAGACUGAGUGCCAAAGAUAUAACAAUUGGACCGAAUCAAGAAGUGCGUCGAAGGCGUAUACGCAGACAGUCAGCCAAUGUUGAGACUCAGGCGCAGUGGAAUUGGCAAUUGAAAUCCACAGAAUUUUCAUAUGUGUAA